UCUCAGACAAGCUGCACAGUCUUCUGAACAAGGCAAGGAUGAACUGUGGCGUUUGUGUGUGCGUGCUUCUGGCCGCUCUCUCGGUCACCCUUGCGGCUCGCACCCGCUCCUCACCGGUGCAGGAGGAGAACAGCGCUCUGCCCUCGCAGAUGGACUCCAGUGUGAAUGCAGGACACGAUGCCAACCCCCGUGCCAACCUUAAUGAGCUGCUGGCCAGACUUAUCUCCAGGAAAGGUUCUGUUCGUCGGAACUCGAUGGCGAACAGCAAGGCGAGUGCUUUGAGUGCCAGCCACAGGAUAAAGGACCGGGACUACCUGGGCUGGAUGGACUUCGGUCGCCGGAGUGCCGAGGAAUACGAUUACUCCUCAUGAGGGACCACGCCUCGCUCUACACUUUCCCAAAUAAAGAAUAUAUUUAUUACUACUAUUCCCAUUCUUCUUAUAAUGAUGCUGAUGAUGUAUUUGAUGUACAUGUUUGUAAAUUGAUAAUGCAAUAUACACUUAUGCCAAAUUUUUUCAGAAAGGUUUUUUUUUGUUGUUGUUGUUCGCUUUUGUGUUCUUGUGAGUGAUUGGGGAAAAGAAGGCUUGUCUGGCAGACACAGUGCUGUUGAUGUGUUUCCAAUAAACCAGGUUAGAAUUGGUCUUUGGCCACAAACCGUA